AAUGGGAUAUAAUUAAUCUUAACGUGACAUGUAAUUAGUUACAUAUGACAUGUACAGCUCAUGUGAAUAACUCAUAAAAACCUGUUUCUGCUGUCAUGAACAAUUCUAUCCCCCUUCCUCAAUAAAUAUUGUGGAAUAAUAUCUUGUUCUAGCUAAUCAAAAGAGCCUUCCUUAACCCAUUAGUGCUAUGCUAAGCUAGUAAGCUGAACUGUUAGCUUGCAAACUAAGCCUGAAAUGUUUAAUUUCACCAUUUUUAGCUAUGGUAAUUUAAUGUGUGAUGCAAUUAUGAUCAAGAAUAAAUAAACUAUAAAGCAGUUCUUGGUAUAAUCAGGCACUGAACAGAGUACCCAAGUUUCUCAGCCAAUAGAAUCACUUAAGGAUGUCCAUUAAAGCUUCUAAACCCUAAAUUUAUAAUGGUUGUCAUUUGAUGUUUGAUCAGCCAUUUUCACUUUCUUUUGUCUUUAAGCUGCAAUGCCAUGUAGCACCUCAGGGUAUCCUUAUAACCAAUGUUACAGUGUAUACACUAAUGUCUGGACCAUAGUUUGCAGUAGUGGAUCUUUACUUGACAUAUAGGCCUAUUUGACUCAGUGAAGCCCAAUAAUUAAGAUGCAGGUGAUGUGGCUGUUGAAAUGUCCUCUUAGGCUUUACAGGAACCCAGUCUCACACUUCCUGCUAUACAAGUUGAUCAUUAAUGAUUCUCAAUCUCAGAUUUUUGACAACUCUAAGUCACAAACACACUUUCAUAAUUAACUCUGAGAAGGUCACACCCAUCUCUAGACACACGUAUAUAAGUGAACGUGUGCACACGCACAUACGGUCAGUCACACACCUGCAGGUGAGGGUCUGGAUCCAGGUGUCUUUACCGUCGUGUCAGAGAGGGACGCAGUGUGCUGCUCUACCGGCCCCCUUUGAAAACCAUCAAAAUGGGUGAAGAUUAUUAUGGAUUCUCUUGGGUUCGCAAUGAGAACAGAAAAAACAUCACCAUAUAUAUUAACAAUCCAGCAGACAUCUCAGUGAUUGUUAUAUAUUUUCUGGUGGUUCUGGCUGUGGGAGUAUGGGCAAUGGUACGGACCAAUCGAUCCACAGUAGGAGGCUUUUUCCUGGCUGGCAGAAGUAUGGUGUGGUGGCCGAUUGGAGCCUCUCUCUUUGCAAGUAACAUCGGAAGUGGGCAUUUUGUGGGAAUAGCAGGAACUGGAGCAGCUGCUGGUAUUGCUAUUGGAGGAUUUGAGUGGAAUGCUCUUGUUGUUGUGAUUAUUCUGGGAUGGCUCUUUGUGCCCAUCUACAUAAAGGCUGGGGUCGUGACCAUGCCGGAGUACCUGAAGAAACGCUUUGGUGGGCAGCGGAUCCGUAUCUACCUCUCCGUGCUUUCGCUGUUUCUCUAUGUUUUCACCAAAAUCUCUGCGGACAUGUUUGCAGGAGCCAUUUUCAUCAACCAGGCUCUGGGACUAAACAUUUACCUGGCUGUAAUUAUUCUGCUGCUCAUUACAGCUCUUUAUACAGUAACAGGUGGUCUAGCUGCAGUCAUCUACACCGACACCCUGCAGACCAUCAUCAUGGUUGUGGGUUCAUUCAUUCUUAUGGGCUUUGCGUUCAAUGAGGUGGGAGGCUACGAGAACUUCAAAGACCGAUACAUGACUGCAAUCCCGUCAGUGGUGGGUGUGAACAUCAGUGAAAAGUGCUACACUCCUCGCGCAGACUCCUUCCACAUCUUCAGAGACCCCCUCACUGGCGAUCUGCCCUGGCCUGGACUGAUCUUUGGUCUUACAAUCCAGGCCGCCUGGUACUGGUGCACUGACCAGGUGAUUGUGCAGCGCUGUCUGUCUGCCAAGAGCCUGUCUCAUGUGAAAGCAGGCUGCAUCCUGUGUGGUUACCUCAAACUUCUGCCCAUGUUCCUCAUGGUUUUCCCUGGCAUGAUCAGCAGAGUGCUUUACCCAGAUGAGAUUGCAUGUGUGGAUCCAGCAGAGUGUAACUACUACUGUGGAGCCAGUGUGGGCUGCAGUAAUAUUGCUUAUCCGAAACUAGUGGUGGAUCUGAUGCCAAACGGUCUCAGAGGGUUGAUGUUGUCCGUCAUGCUGGCCUCUCUGAUGAGUUCACUCACUUCCAUCUUUAACAGUGCCAGCACACUCUUCACCAUGGACAUUUACACCAAGAUUCGCUCCAAAGCCAAGGAAAAGGAACUCAUGAUCGCGGGGAGGGUGUUCAUGCUGUUUCUGAUCGGCGUGAGUAUCGCGUGGAUCCCCAUCGUUCAGUCGGCUCAGAGCGGGCAGCUCUUCGACUACAUUCAGUCCAUCACCAGUUAUCUGGCUCCACCUAUCGCUGCUGUCUUCAUCCUCGCCAUUUUCUGCAAGCGAGUCAAUGAACCAGGUGCUUUCUACGGGUUGUGUAUUGGUCUUUUGGUGGGUCUGGCACGUAUGAUAACUGAGUUUGCCUACGGCACGGGCAGCUGCGUGAAUCCCAGUAACUGUCCUACGGUCAUCUGUGGUGUGCACUACCUCUAUUUCGCCCUCAUCCUCUUCGGCCUGUCCUGUAUACUGAUACUGAGCAUCUCCCUUGUGACUAAACCCAUUGACGACAAACAUCUGUACAGGCUCUGCUGGAGUUUGAGAAACAACACUGAGGAGAGGAUUGAUCUGGAAGAUGAUGACUGGACUGAUGAUCAGGAUUCAGAUUCUAUGCAAACAGAAGAGGCGCGUAAGGAUCCAAACUGUUGGAAGAAGGCCUACAACUGGUUCUGCGGUUUUGAUCAAGGCAGUGCACCUAAACUGACUAAAGAACAGGAGGCAGAGUUGAAAAUGAAGCUCACAGACACCACUGAGAAACCUCUAUGGAGAAAUGUGGUCAACGCUAACGCUAUUAUCCUCCUCACCGUCUGUGUCUUCUUCCACGGUUUCUUUGGCUAAAGAUCACAGCAGUAUCAACUAACUCUGUUAAGGAUAUUAGAGCUGUGUUCUGUGGACAGAAAUGUUACCUUAUCAGUAACAACAAGCUAAACGUGAUUAAUCUGAUUCUAAGAAGUUACGAAAGUUCCUCUUAAAACAAUCCAUACUUCCUUAUAAUAUCCUCCACAAAAACUUCCUUACAGCUGCCUACUGUUUUUGAUUUGAUGGCAGGUAGUAGAAUUAAAAAUAUUUUUGACUUUUAUUUUAAACCCAAGACCAAAACUCAUAAUCAUUUCCUUAUUUUUCUUCCUCUUAGUCAUGUCUGACUGUUUUUUACUGUACAUUUGACAAUGUUUACCGCAUGUUCUUCCUUUAUACCUUUAACAUAUUACAGAGUAAUAGUUUCAGCUAAUAAUAUGAAGUUCGAGUCAGCUUUGUUGUUUGUUCCCUGUGAAGUCUUCUGAUGCAUUAUGAUCAAAUCAAUGCAAAGCCUUUUUCUGUGCCAUUUUUAAGAUGCCUCUCAUCUACCAAACUCAAAUUUUUUUUUGUUUUUUUCAUAUUGUAUUUUGGUCUUGCUAUUUGGUAAGUUUUGAUUUUCUUGUAAGUAAAAAUAUAUAUUUUUGUCAAGGACAAGCAAAGAUAUUUUAUUUAAUAACGUUCAUAUUUUUGCCAUGGUAUAUAUCUUGUACUCUGUAAUAUAUUAAUUUAACGUUUUCUGUCUAUAUUGUAAUAAAAAUUAAUGAAUUUUA